UGGUCUAUAGAGAAAUGUAUGAAAGAAAACAUUAUAAACAGUACAGUGAACAGUGCACUAAACCUCGCUUACGUUUUUAAUGGAACUCAAAUAACAUGCUUGGAGCAUGCUCCUGUCCUGACAAGAAGCACAAUUAUACGAGCAAGUGUGCUCUCUGGUAUAGCAGUUUUGUCGUUCUUUGGAAAUUGUGCAACUAUGAUAAGUGUACAAAUAGGUAAACGAUGUAGAAGGCGAGCGAGGCCAUCGUGGACGGCAAUAUAUAGUCUCAUAUACCAACUCAGUAUAGCCGAUUUACUUGUGACCAUCUUCUGUAUAGCGGGAGAGGCAGGCUGGUCGUUUACAGUCCAGUGGUAUGCGGGAACAGUCGCUUGCAAGCUGUUCAAAUUCAUGCAAAUGUUCGCAUUAUAUUUAAGUACAUUUAUACUCGUACUGAUUGGAGUCGAUCGCUGGUUGGCUGUUAAGUAUCCAAUGAAAAGUAUGGCUACUUCAACGAGAAGUGUUAGACUUGUAAUAAUAGCUUGGGUCCUAAGUUUUAUUCUAAGUAUACCACAGGCCGUAGUCUUUCGAGUGGUGAAAGGUCCGUUUGUAGAGGAGUUCUAUCAAUGUGUGACGCACGGAUUCUACACAGAGAGGUGGCAGGAACAAGCGUACACGACGCUCUCUCUCAUACUCAUGUUUAUCAUACCACUUCUAAUAUUAAUAUCAACAUAUGUAUCGACAGUGAGGACUAUAGCAAAAAGUAAAAAGAUUUUUCAACCAGAAGUUUCGAGACAGGAAAAACUUUUAGCGACCGAUUUGAAUAGACGACGACUCAUCGACAGAGCUAAGAUGAAAUCUCUACGGAUGUCAAUUGUCAUAGUCGCUGCCUUUGUCAUAUGGUGGACCCCGUAUUACGUGAUGAUGAUUAUAUUCACAUUUCUCAAUCCCGGUAAAGACCUAAGCGAGGAUCUCCAAUCAGGAAUAUUUUUCUUCGGCAUGUCAAACAGCCUUGUCAACCCAGUGAUAUAUGGCGCUUUUCAUUUAUGGCCGAAAAAGAAACGUUUCAGAAGCAGUGAAAGAUACUCUGGGCAAGCUUCUUUACAUCGACGCGGUGAUCACACUUCGUCUGUGAGGCUAACAACCGUAAGAUCUCUCAGAUCAUCCGCAAAAUAUUCAAACGGGCAGGCAAAUAUUAAUUUAUCAUAACCUGUUUGCGACAUCGGAAUGACUUAUGUGAAUGACAUGACAUGUGAAGAAUUUCGUAUUGAAAAUUGUUAUGUAGCAGUGAUAACAAACUAGUCAUUUUUAUAAGAAUGUAUAUAUAAAGAAUUGUACUUAAGUAAAUAGUUAAAAUUAUAUUUAAAAAAAUAGAGUGUAUAAAAAAUAUUAAAAGAAAAAGAGAAAGAAGAUAAACUAAUUUAUUACAGACCAAAUAAACUAAAUGAUAUAUUUGUGUACAUGUAUAAGGAUAUUAUAAGUUAUAUAAUUAUAUUUGUUGUACAUAUGUACCCAAAAUUAAUGAAGAGCAAUAGAAAUAUAGGUACCUAUUAUGUUAUAAUAAAGAUAUGAAGUUAAUAUACCAUACCAAAUGAGAUACUUGAAACUAUAUCUGGGUAUAAAGAUAUAUCAAUAGUUAUUAAUAAUACUGUUCAUAAAUAAUAAU